CCUGUCCAAACAUCUGGAAGAGUUUACUUCUGCUGUUGAGUCCCUCAAAAACUCAGUCAGGUUGAGUAGAGAACCACUGCCAAAGAGAAGAUGUCUUUUAUAAAAGUUGAUGCAGCUUCUGAUUUCUCCUUCCACAACUUGCCUUAUGGUAUAUUCUCAGAACCAGACAAGCUCAAACAUCGUAUUGGUGUUGCCAUUGGAGACCAGAUUCUGGACCUCAGUGUAAUAAAGUCCUUGUUUCAAGGACCUGUGCUUUCCAAACAUCAGGAUGUCUUUGACCAGCCCACACUGAAUGCAUUCAUGGCUCUUGGUUACGAGGCCUGGAGAGAGGCCAGGAGGACGUUGCAGGUGUUGCUGUCAGCCAAUGAUAGCACACUGAGAGAUGACAUCAGCCUUCGGAGCAGAGCAUUUGUACAUCAGAGCACUGCCACCAUGCACCUUCCUGCAGACAUCGGCGAUUACACUGACUUCUACUCCUCCAGAGAUCACGCCACCAACGUCGGCAUUAUGUUCCGGGGAAAGGAGAACGCUCUGAUGCCAAACUGGCUGAGGCUUCCAGUGGGGUACCAUGGCAGAGCGUCAUCCGUGGUUGUUUCUGGGACCCCAAUUCGCCGCCCCUCAGGCCAGAUGAGACCUGACCAGACGAAACCUCCAGUGUUUGGGCCGUCUAAGCAGUUGGACAUUGAGCUGGAGAUGGCCUUCUUUGUUGGAGGAGGGAAUCAGCUUGGGGAGCCCAUUCCCAUCCAGAAAGCCCAUGAACACAUCUUUGGCAUGGUACUGAUGAAUGACUGGAGUGCCAGAGACAUUCAGGCAUGGGAGUAUGUUCCUCUGGGUCCAUUCUUGGGCAAGAGCUUUGGGACAACAAUCUCACCUUGGGUCGUCCCCAUGGAGGCACUGUUACCUUUCGCAGAGCACAACCCUAUCCAGGAUCCAGAGCCCCUCCCCUAUCUUCAACACCACGAUCCUUACAUUUUCAACAUUAACCUGUUUGUGUCCCUCAAAGGACAGGGCAUGGCAGAAUCAGCAGCCAUCUGCAAUUCAAACUUUAAGUACAUGUACUGGACCAUGAAACAGCAGCUCACUCAUCACACAGUCAAUGGCUGCAAUGUCAGAGCAGGAGACCUGAUGGCUUCUGGAACUAUCAGUGGACCUGACGCAGAGAAUUUUGGCUCCAUGCUGGAGCUUUCAUGGAGGGGAUCUAAGAGUAUCAAUCUGGGAGGAGGAGAGAGUCGAACCUUCCUGAAGGAUGGAGAUGAAGUCACCAUCACAGGUCACUGUCAAGGAGAUGGAUACAGGGUGGGCUUUGGACCCUGUGUGGGAACCAUCGUGCAAGCCCUGCAACAGUGAAACACUCAUAUUGUUACUCAUGUGUUUUCACAUCCUUUUAUAGAGCAUAAAUACUGGAAGACCCAAACUAACACAACUACAGCAUCUCUCUGAGCUUUGAUCCUCGUGACUUGGGCUGGGAGACUUUCCAUUUGAUUGGGAUUUUUUUUAUAUGAAUGAUCCAACUUAAAUUCCUACCGUGACUGAUCUUUGCAUUUGCGCCUUAUCUCAGUAAAUACAUACAUCUAGGCUAAAUGUAAGGUGUCGAAUUUGUGGAACAUGAAUCACUCUCAGUCACAACAGAACAGGAUGUAACAGACCUAGAGGUUUUAAAAGGACUGAAAAAUAAACACCCUGAACUGAGCUUUUGGUUUGUUUGUUGAAGAAAUGUUGUCUGUGUGGACUUAGACCAUGCCUGCCGUAUUUAACCCUGGCCUGCAGCUACCUGCAGAUAUCAGGCUGAUGGCUUGUCAACACAAAAUAGAAUUAGUGAGCAGACCUCACAGAAUACAUUCAAGUCCACGUGCAGUCCACUAGUAGCUGUAUAAGACAGUAUUUCUUUUUAAGAAUAUGCUGAUGAUGACACCUUUUGUAAUACCUAACCUUUUUUUUAUUAUGAUUCUACUCAAAAUUGUUGCGCCUGUAGACCUAAAAUAAAAAAAAUAUUGAAUAACAUGUUUUAGUUAUUUUGUAUUUGCCAACAAAUUAUUCCCUUGAUGGAUGUAAAAUAGGUUUUGUUAGGGCAAAUUCUGAGAAGCCCAACAUUGGCAUUGACAUAUGAUUGCAUCAUUAAGGAUAAAAUUGAAACCUGUGCUGAUAUCUAGCCCUAUAGACAUCAACCAAUUCAUCAUACACACAUGCUGAGCUAUCAGUUCAUUGUAUGCUCUGUAGAGUUGUAUUGCCGUUAAGUGAUUCUCCCACAUCAGUGUUACUGCUGUAACAGGAUCAGCAUUAUUGAUGUUUUGUGUUGGCUCUUGAUUUAUAAUGAAAUAAUAAACAUCUGUGUCUUUUG